UGAGUUUUCGCACCUCUCUCUAGUUGCAGACCAUCACUUACGUAGCCCUGUGUGCAACGGCGCAAGUGCUUGUACGCUUUCAGCUAGCGUAGCCAUGGCUUCCAGGGCAUUCCUCCUCGUGGCUCUAAACCUGGUCCUCUUCUUCACCGUGGCCAGCGCCUGCGGCAAGUACUGCCCGACGCCUUCGACGCCGUCGACGACGCCAUCGACGCCGUCCUACAACACCAAGUGCCCCAAGAACGCGCUCAAGUUCGCGGCGUGCGCCGACGUGCUGGGCCUCGUCAGCGCCGAGGUCGGCCAGCCGCCGUACGAGCCGUGCUGCGGCGUCCUCGGCGGCCUCGCCGACCUUGAGGCCGCCGUCUGUCUCUGCACCGCCAUCAAGGCCAACGUGCUCGGCAUCACCCUCGACAUCCCCGUCAAGCUCAGCCUCCUCGUCAACUACUGCGGCAAGAACGUCCCUAGUGGCUUCAUCUGUGCUUAAGCUACGUAACGCGCGUACGGUGUAACGACGUGCUAGCUUUGCAUGCAUGCAGCACGCAUGCACGAACACAUCGUUCGUUCUUGAGUGCCUGCAUGCAUAUCGGUCGAGUCUUUACUUACUCUGUUAUUAGUUCUGAAUGUAGAACUGCUUCAGAUAUCAAUCCAGCGAGUUAACUGUACUUGAUUUGUUUAUGUUUCUUCAGUUAAUCAGUUUCUGUCAUCAUUUGGUCAAUUAAUGGAGGUUUUGUUCUCCAAGGAAUUGCAUGCAAUGGAUACUCUUUUAGAUUGAAUUUGGCGUGUCUAUGUCUGGGUGUGGUUGUAAUUUGCUUGCAGUACGUUCUCGUAGUUUAAUUGUAAGCAAGCAAUUGUACGACAAAAUGUACUUAGGACAGUUAAUUUGUUGGAAA